UUCCUUCUCGUCCAAGAUGGCGGUGCAUUUUCUUAUGAUGAAUUUUUCGACCCCACCCCCAAGAGUUUAACCAGCUGACGUCAAUUUUGGGGUGGUUUUUCCACGACUUUCUGUGAUAAUUUAAUUGAUUAUUUGGAAUUAUUAUUUUAAAAUGUCGUCUGCCGAGUUAUAUACCAAGGGUGCUAGGGUGUGGAUACCAGACCCAGACAAAGUGUGGAGGGCAGCAGAACUGUUGGAGGAUUAUAAGGGGCAGGCCACACUAAGGAUACAGUACGAGGAGGCAGAGCUGAGAAAUGUGGUGUGUCACAGGCAGGUGUAUGAAGAAUCGGAAGGAACAAUAAACGUAACAGAAAAAACACUACCGCACUUAAGGAAUCCUGAGAUUUUAAUUGGUGAAAAUGAUCUGACAUCACUAAGUUAUUUAAAUGAGCCUGAAGUACUAUACAAUCUGAAGGUGCGCUUUGUCGAACAAAAUCUUAUAUAUACAUAUUGUGGUAUAGUUUUAGUAGCCAUCAACCCGUACGAGUAUUUGGAUAUCUACAGCAAUGACAUCAUACAGGCGUACAGUGGGCAGGAUAUGGGGGCCAUGGACCCUCACAUCUUUGCUGUGUCGGAGGAGGCUUUCAAGCAAAUGUCCAGGUUUGACAGGAACCAGUCCAUCAUCGUCAGUGGUGAGUCUGGCGCAGGUAAAACCGUCUCCGCUAAGUUCGCCAUGCGCUACUUCGCCACGGUGGGCGGGUCGCAGGCGGAGACCCAGGUGGAGAGGAAAGUCUUGGCAUCCAACCCUAUCAUGGAGGCCAUUGGUAAUGCCAAAACAACAAGGAACGACAACAGCAGUAGGUUUGGCAAGUAUAUAGAGAUCAGCUUCAACAAGAACCAUUCCAUUGUGGGGGCUCACAUGAGGACCUACCUGCUGGAGAAGUCCAGGGUUGUGUUCCAAGCAUCAGAGGAGAGAAAUUAUCACAUCUUCUACCAGCUGUGUGCUUCAGAGGACCUGCCUGAGUUUAAAGAUUACCACUUGAGUGCUCCUGAUGAUUUCUUCUACACCAGUCAAGGUGCUGCCCCACAGAUUAGGGAUGUGGAUGAUGCAGCCGAGCUGACCAAGACAAGGAAGGCUUUCACAACACUGGGUUUCCCUGAUAAAGAUGUGAUGAUGAUAUUCAGGAUCCUGAGCGCCAUUUUACACUUUGGUAAUGUCAACAUCAAAGAGAAGGAUGGGGAGGCUUGUGAGAUUCCUAACAAGGACCCAUCCAUCACCGUCAUGUGCAAGCUGCUGGGCAUUGAAGAAUCUCAGAUGAGGAUGUGGCUGUGUAACAGGAAGAUCCAGACGGUCAACGAGACGCUGACCAAACCACUGACAGAAUCACAGGCCAGUUUUGCCAGGGAUGCCCUGGUCAAGUACAUCUACUCCAGGCUCUUUGACUGGAUCGUCACACAGAUCAACAAGGCCCUUCACAGUGCCACCAAGACAUACAAGUUUAUUGGUGUCUUGGAUAUUUAUGGGUUUGAGACCUUCACCAUCAACAGCUUUGAACAGUUCUGUAUUAAUUAUGCUAAUGAGAAACUACAGCAAAUCUUUAACAUGCAUGUGUUUAAACUGGAACAAGAGGAGUAUGUGAGAGAGAAGAUAGAGUGGUCAUUCAUUGACUUCUAUGACAACCAACCUUGUAUUGACCUCAUUGAGAGCAAGCUGGGCAUCCUGGACUUGUUGGAUGAGGAGUGUAGGGUGAGUUGUGUGGGGGUGUGUGUGGGGUGUGUGGGGGAGAAGAUAGAGUGGUCAUUCAUUGACUUCUAUGACAACCAACCUUGUAUUGACCUCAUUGAGAGCAAGCUGGGCAUCCUGGACUUGUUGGAUGAGGAGUGUAGGAUGCCUAAAGGUUCAGACUUAAAUUGGUGCCAGAAGCUCUAUGACAAGCACCUCAACAAGUCACACCACUUUGACAAACCCAGGACCUCUAGAUCUGCUUUCAUCAUCAACCAUUUUGCCGACAGGGUGGAGUACCAGGUGGACGGCUUCUUGGAGAAGAAUAGGGACACAGUGUUAGAGGAGCAGAUCAACACUUUAAAGGCUAGUGAGUAUGAGCUGGUUGGUGAGCUGUUCACAGAAGAGGAGCCAGGGGCGCCAGCUGCUGCUAAUAAAAGAGGGCGCUCCACGUCUAUCACCCAGCCAGUCAAAGCACAGCCUAAAGCCGGCAGUAAACAGCAUAAGAAAACAGUUGGUUCACAGUUCCGAGAUUCCUUAUGUGCUCUGAUGGAGACAUUGAAUGCUACGUCACCCCACUACAUCAGGUGCAUCAAGCCUAAUGAUGCAAAGGAGGCGUUCAUGUUUGAACCCAAGAGAGCUGUGGAGCAACUGAGAGCUUGUGGUGUUCUGGAGACUAUCAGGAUCAGCGCUGCUGGCUACCCAUCCAGAUGGACCUACCCAGAGUUCUUCCAGAGAUACAGAGUGCUAGCCCUUAGCAAGCAUAUAGUGAAGAAUGACAUGAGGAAAACAUGUGAAGCCAUUCUCCUGUCUCUAAUUAGUGAUGAGGACAAGUACAGGUUUGGUAAGACAAAGAUUUUCUUCCGUGCCGGUCAAGUGGCCUACCUGGAGAAGCUGAGGGCGGAGAAGUUGAGGGCGUGUGGCGUCAUGAUACAGAAACACAUCAGGGGCUGGCUGCAGAGGCGCAAGUACCAGCGUCUACGCAGGUCUGUGCUCCUGGUGCAGACGUAUGGGCGUGGCCUGUUGGCCAGGAGACAUGCAGACUUCCUGCGCAAGACCAGGGCAGCCAUACGCAUCCAGGCGAGGUGGAGAGGCUACAGACAGAGGCAGAAGUUCAACUCUAUCCACUCAGCUGUUGUUGUACUACAGGCCCACGUGAGAGCCAUGUUUGCCAGGAAGCGCUACAUGGAUCUGCUGCGCCGCCACAAGGUGCUGGUCAUACAGAAGAACGUCCGGGCCUUCAUCCAGCACCAGAAGUUCAGGCGGGUCAUGCGUGGCAUCGUGCUGGUCCAGAGCCACUACAGGAGGAGGAAGGCUCGCCUGCAGCUCAAGCUGCUCAAGGUGGAGGCCAAGUCAGUGGACCAUAUCAAGCAGGUCAACAAGGGUCUGGAGAACAAGAUCAUAGAGCUGCAGCAGAGGCUGGAUGAGAAGGCCAAGGUAGCCCAGCAGGCACAGAUCCUGGAGACAGAGAUGGUGAGGAUGAAGGAGCAGAUGAACAGGCUGAGGAGUACAGAAGAGGAGGCCAAAGUUUCAUCCAACAAGUUGGUGGACAUGGAGGAUGAGAUCACUAGGCUGAGGGCUGAGCUAGAGAAAGUCAAGGGAGAGAAGCAAGAUCUCAUUGCUGAGAAGGAACAGCUGCUGCUUCAGCAUGACGAGGUGAUAAGUGCUAUGAUUGAAGAAAAGAUGGCACUGAAGGAAGAGCUGGACUCGGCCAAGGCUUCAAUCAAACGUCAUGACGAGGAGACUGAUGAGUAUGUGAAAGAGAAGAUUGAGGCAGCCAAGAGACUGCUGAUUGAGGAGUUUGAAUCAGAGCGGGCCCACCACCAGAAGUAUGUGAAAGAGUAUGCCAGGCUUCAGCAGAGGCUGGAGAACUUGAAGGGAGAGAUGCAGGUACUGACCAGCCCAACCAAGGGACACCACCGCUCACCCUCCGACAUCAGCGCCAUCAGCCUAGAGUCCUACAGCAGCAGCGCUGCGGAUAAUGAGAGGAGGGAGGAGGAAGAGGUAAAUGACCAGGGCUAUGACACAGCUGCCAGGAAACAUGAGGUCAAGAAGUUGGGCAGUGCACCUGCACCAGAGCCACCUACUGGUGAGACAGUGGAGAAGAAAGCUGAAGUGGUUGAAAAUGUGGACAUUGGCCUGGUGUUGAAGCUACAGAACAAGGUAAAGGACCUAGAGAGAGAGAAGAAACAACUAAGGGAGAAAAUUGAAAGCCUGGAGGAGGAUACAUCAAGGGGAGCAAUCAUCUCUGAUUCAGCUUUUGAUGCACUGAAGCAAGAGGUAAGCUCAGAAGAUGUGGCCAUCUUGAUUAAGCUCCAGAAGAGGGUCAAGGAGCUGGAGGCAGUCAAGAAAAAACUGACCAGAGAGCUGGAUAAGAGGGAUGAUGACAAGAUGGACAGGGCCGGCUCGUGGACGGAGGAUGCGUUUGAAAGUCUUAAGAUGCAAGAGUUAGAGAAUGACAAUGACAAGCUGAGGAGGGAGGUGGCCAAGCUGAUGAAGUCUAUAGCAGACACUGUUGACUUUGAGAACACAUCCAGCAAGAAAAAUGCCUCGAAGGCUGGCCAGGAGUUUUUGGACCAGGGUGUGGACCCAUUAGAGGUGUAUGAUAGUGAUGAAAUACAAGGCUCCAGUGAUCAGAUGGAUGAGCAACUUUCGACUUUCAAGGCCCAGUUUGAGGCCAUGACAGAUGAGCUGGACAGGAGGAGAGAGGAGUGUCUGCAGCUCAAGGCCAUGCUGGCAGACAGGACCAUCACCACACACUCCAUCGCCAGGGAGUCCUACGGCGGCAACGACAACCUGGUCAAUGAGGACAAUGAGCUGGAGAUGGCAUAUAGGACACAGAAGGACUUGAACAGACUACUACAGACGCAGCUAGAGAAGACAGAGAAGGAGAUGAAGAAGAAAGAGAAGCAGUGGAUGGCUGAUAUAGGGGAGCUAAAGAAAGAGAAUGACAGACAGCAAAAGAUAAUUAGUCAGAGUUUAAACCUGGGACCGGAGGCUAGAAUAGAGGCCACCAUGCAGCAUGAGAUUACAAGACUGACAUCUGAAAACCUGGACCUGCGUGAAUCUAUAGACAAGCAGACAGACCAGAUCAGGAAACUGAAGAAAAUGCUCAAAGUUUACGCCAAGAAAUUGAAAGAUGGAGAAGCGGCUGAGAUUGCAGCGGAGCUGGAGAACGAGGAGAAUACCACAUCCACGGAUACCAUGGCAACCGUCAUCCACAGGGAGAGGUCUUACAUGGGCAUGUUGGAGUACAAGAAGGAGGAUGAGAGCGCUCUCAUCAAAAACCUGGUGCUAGACCUGAAGCCCAAGGUGGCCUCAGGCCAAAUCCCAGGCCUCCCUGCAUAUGUUUUAUUUAUGUGUGUCAGACACACAGACUACAUCAAUGAUGAUGAAAAAGUCAAAUCUUUACUCACAUCCUCCAUAAAUGGCAUUAAAAAAGUGGUCAAGAGACACAGUGAUGACUUGGAGAGGAUAACUCUAUGGCUGGCCAACACAUGCAGGUUGCUACACACACUCAAGCAGUACAGUGGGGAGAAGCAAUUCCAGACAGAGAACACCCCCAAGCAGAAUGAGCAGAGCCUGAGGAACUUUGACCUCUCUGAGUACAGGCAGGUCUUCUCUGACCUGGCAGUCUGGAACUAUCAGGCUCUGAUGAAGUUGAUGGAGGAGCUUAUACAGCCCAGUAUAGUGCCAGCCAUCCUGGAACAUGAAGCCAUAGCAGGGCUGACGGCCAGUAAACCUUCUGGUCUCAGGGGGAGGUCAUCCAGCAAUGCCAGAGAGAUGGAUGAUGGGAAGGAUUCUCAACACGCACUUGAUGCCCUCAUGAGAACAUUAAACAGCUACAUGAGGAUAGUGAAGCAGCAUGCUGUGGAUCCUGAAUUGGUCAAACAGAUAUUUAGACAACUCUUCUACUUCCUGUGUGCUGGUGCACUCAAUAACCUGCUGCUGAGGAAGGACAUGUGCAACUGGUCAAAGGGCAUGCAGAUCAGGUACAACCUGAGCCACCUGGAGCAGUGGCUGCGAGACAACAACCUGCAUGAGUUUGGUGCGCUGGGUGCCCUUGACCCCAUCAUCCAGGCCUCUCAACUGCUGCAGGCCAGGAAAACAGAUUCCGAUGUGGACAGUGUCUGUGAUAUGUGUUCUAAGCUCACCAACGCCCAGAUUGUCAAAAUCUUGAACAUCUACACCCCAGUGGAUGAGUUUGAAGAACGUGUGCCAAUAGCUUUCAUCAGAAAAAUCCAGGCCAAGCUGAAACAGAGGGAGGAACAAUCAACAGCCAGCAACACCACCCUGCUCAUGGACACCAAGUACUCCUACCCCGUGACCUUCCCCUUCAACCCCAGCUCUGUCGCCCUCGAGACAAUAUCAGUGCCAGAACAGCUGCACCUGGGAUUUUUGAUACGCCACUAGGGCAGGGGGCUGUAGGGCUGGGUAGUGUUGUUGUUGCCAGAUAAAGUUUGUUCCAUGUUGCAAAAAGAAAAUUGCUGCUUGUUUAGAGCUGUGUUGUAGAGAAUGUUUCCAGUAACUGCUCUCUAGCUGAUCUCUGUUCUCUUGCUUCCAUGUAGAUUGUUCUAGAACUAUCAAGGUCAGCUUUGAUAUCUACAGGCUUGAUCUAACUCUGGGAUGUAAUAAAUUUUAAAAUGUACGAUGUUUAUCCAAAAUCUCUGAAAUGUUGAUUUAAACAAGUUUUUCAUUUUUAACUAUUAAUUUCUUUACAAAUGCAUUCCAAAACUUGUUAUAACUCUUCCUCUUUGAAACCCUAUUUUUUUGCCAAUACUAGACAAACAUAAACCAAACUGCAGACAAAGAUUAAUCAAUUUAAUCAACUGUAAUAAUUUUUGAAAUUUUAUUUAUUAAAAAAUUAUUUUUAAUUUACAAUUAAAAUAUGUUUCUUUUGUGCUGAAUAUACAAAACUUUGUGUGGCUACUUUUCAAAGAAAUAUAGAUCUAUUUCUUUAUCUGUACCUAACAAUUUCCAGAAAAACAAUUCAGGUCUUGUUUGUAAAAUACUUCUUCCUGUGAGUUCUUUCCCCUGCUUAUUCACCAGAUGUUAAGGGGAGAGCACUCAUAAAAAUCUAUACAAAUUGUUUUUUCUGUAUAUAACUUGCCUAAAAUUAUAAAUGUUUAAACUCCUGUCCCACCUUUAUCAGCUGCUACAGUGCAUGUAUUGGGACACACAUGUUACAAAUAAAAUACAACAGUCUAUAACUUAUCCUAUGCCUGACAAGAUUUCAAUGCAGUAUUUACUAACUCAACUCGUUCAUCUCCAGCCUAGUCUAACUACUCUGUUAUCUGUGCUCCUCAAAUAACACACUCUAACUAUUUUUGUCUAUUAAAUUGUUCAAGUUUUAACUUCAUGUGGAAACUUUAAGCUAUUUACUGUAAUAAAAUUGUAUUUAUUCAUAUUAUCAAAUUUGGAACUGAUUAUUCGUGUUAGUCUGCUAUUGCAUUUCCAUAAGUAUUUAUUUUUAUUUUUGUUAAAAUCUGUUAAAAAGAUUUUUCCAUCCCAACAUAUAUGUAUAUAUACAUACAUAUGUAUGUAUGUCCUGAUGAUUAAUGCUAUAUAAAUAUGUUGUGGCCGCAGUGCUUUACAUCAUUAAUGUAAAUGUCAGACUGUUUCAUCCCUGUGUGAUGUCAAUUAAUCAAAUGUCAUCAUUUGAACCUGAUAUUCUAUGAUCAAACUACAUCCUCUUAUUUAUUGACUUAUCACUUGGUAAACAUAAUCUUUAACUAACCUUAACAGUUGCUUGUUUACACAUUUUAGACAUGAAUUUUACAACUUUCAAAAGUGUAUUUUUUGAUGUUUAGACCUACACCAUUUUCUUUGAAGCUUUUGUUUUCACUUAUACUGAAGUAAGCUCCACCCAUUGAUGCUAGGCAAGACAGGCACACUCAGGGUCUUAGCUCACCUAUGGGGUGCAUGUUGAGGUUGAGCUUAACUGGUGAGGGGCUCACCUGUAUCACCAAAACAGGUGUAUCACUGCAUUAGUACUGUUAACAUGGUUUACUUUUGGUUUACUUGUCUCAAGGUGCAUAACCCAGUUUGUUUCCUGUUUAUUCUCUUCAAAAAUCAGAUAAUGGUCCUGCGCAAAAAUAUACUGA